AUGCCGUUAAUCACUUUGAGAAUUUACCUUGCGUUAUUGGCUGUGUGUGGGGUCAGGCUCGCCAGAGCUUCCAUAAAUCCCGUUGAAAUUCACGAACAGCAUUUCUAUGAUUCAGUUACUCGUGAACCGUUUUUCAUCAAGGGUGUUGAUUAUCAACCAGGCGGCUCUUCUGGAGUAUCGGGCCAGAGGGAUCCACUUUCGGACGCAAAAAUUUGUGCGCGAGACAUAUUCCUGUUCCAAAAACUGGGCAUCAACACAAUAAGAGUGUACUCGAUCACCCCGGACUUAAACCACGACGAAUGUAUGACUAUGAUGGCAGCAGCUGGAAUAUAUCUUAUUCUCGAUGUUAACUCGCCGAUGGAAAAUCAACAUUUGAACAGAUAUGAGCCUUGGACAACUUACAAUGAGGACUAUUUGGAGCACGUCUUCAGGGUGGUUGAGCAAUUUGGUCACUACAACAACACGCUGGGAUUUUUCGCAGGCAAUGAGAUUAUCAACGAUGGGCAAUCUGCAAGGAGAACUCCGCCUUAUAUAAGGGCUGUCGUUGGUGACAUCAAACAAUAUAUCAAGGCCAACUCCCCAAGGACGAUUCCUGUUGGCUACUCUGCCGCUGACGAUCUUAGAUAUAGAAUCCCACUGUCGCGGUACCUAGAGUGUCACGAUGCGGACCAUCCAGACUCUAGUAUUGACUUUUAUGGCGUUAAUUCGUAUCAAUGGUGCGGCCAACAAACUUUCCAGACAUCGGGUUACGAUCAGCUCGUCGAUGCCUACAAAGAAUACACGAAGCCGGUAUUCUUUUCUGAGUUUGGAUGCAAUAUUCAUCGACCCCGCUCUUUCGAAGAGGUCGAAGCGUUAUACUCAGAGCAAAUGAUAAACACCUUUAGUGGAGGCCUUGUUUAUGAAUUUACCGAGGAGCCCAACGAGUAUGGACUCGUGAAGAUGAAUGAUGACGGAAGCGCUCGCGUUUUACAAGACUUUGUCAACUUACAAGGCCGCUUUUCUGCAAUCGAGAGUAAGGAAUUCAAGAUGAUACGCAAAAAUGCGAUGAGCUUGAUGGCCACUGCCCCUCUACCGACCUGCAAAGAUAGCUAUGAAAAUCUUCAAAUCGAUGCCACAGUGCCCAAUGAUGUGCUCACCAGUGGACUCAAAAAUGGAGUGAGACAGGAGAGAGGAAAAUAUUUGAAUAUCAAGGAUUCUGACAUAACCUCAGAGUUCGAAGUAUAUGACGAAAAUGGUAAACCCUUCAGCAGCCCUCGAAGAUUCGCUAUCGUCAACAAAAUCGAAGGCACAGCUGAACCUAGCGGUAAACAGAAUGACCAGCCUGAGAAGACAGAAACUAGUCCCGAUGGCUCGAGUAAACCAAAUGGUGAUGAAAACGAGGAUGUAAAAAAGAGUAACGCUGUCUCACUUACGUCCCCCAAAUUUGCAUCUGCGAUUGGUUGGGCGUUUGCUAGAUUUUGA